CCGGUCACACAGGCUUCCGCGAGUUGAUCACGUGUAAUUUUGCUAUAAAUUUUGCAAAUUUUUUCUACACGCGGUGAAAAUCAACCAAUUUGUCUCAGACAUGCUGGACACGCGAAUGACAAGUGGACCACACGCGCGCGUGUGCAUCGCGUGUCCACCACGAGUCCUCCGUGUGUGAGCGCUUGUGGUCAGAAAAUGGGGUCACACGCAGCGCGUGUGUAUCACUUGUGCUCCACAUGUGCUCCGCGUGUGAAUCACGUGCCGAUCACUUGUGCUCCGCUUGCCGCCCGCGUGUAUAAAAGCCGCCGCGUCCGGUGUUCUGGAUCAGUAUCGAUCAAUAUUCCGUAGAGUAAAGAUCAAAAUCAUGGCACCGAAAUCAAAGAAGGGCAACUCCACGCCCAAGAAGAUGAAGAGGCAAGCAAGGCCCAGGCCGAAGGCAAAAGUCUCGGAGCCUGAAACUGCUACCGAGGAGGUGGAGAGCAGCACCCCCGAGCCCCCCCAGGGGAGCAAGAACAGGCAGUCCAAGAAGAUGGGCAUAAAGGUGACGGCUCGUGUACAUGCUGCUGCUGCCGCUGCUGGUGUCCCUGGUUCCAAUGGCAGUGGAGAAGAGGACGAGCUUCUUCCUGAUGGUAAGUACAAUUUAUGUAACAUGUUUUUGAUUUUUUAUUUGGAAAUACUCGUUACUAGUAUAACGUGACGUGUUCAAAAUUUAUUUUAUUUAAAUAUUCGUUUACGUGGCUGUCAGAAAGUAUUCAAAUUUAUUUAUUUCAAUUUUAUUUAUGCUGAAGUGUUCAUUUGAUAUGUAUGUUUUUCAACAUUCCUUACUAUUUAUUAAAAAUACCUUUAUUUUCUCUUUUCAUUUUGUACAACAGUUGCAAACACUCCAGUCAGCACGAGUGGUCCUUCUAAGAGCACUGCCACUAUGCCCGUCGCCACUCAGGCUGAGCCACAGCUUGUGCCACUGGAGAACCCUGCCUCACCUUCGUCACCUGCGUCACAUGACCCCACACCCGAAGUUCUGGUGCGAGAGGAGCCUGUGGAGGAGCAGAAAGAGGCUGAUGGUCAUGCCAAGGGCAAGGGCAAGAAGCCGAGAAAGCCAAGAGGUCCCAAGAAGGAGUGGAAGUUGCCACCUGACACAGAACAGGAUCUGGUUGAGUGGAUGCGAGACAGAAGUUACUUGUGGAUGCGCAGUCAACGUGACUACAAGAAAAAGACAGAAGCCUGGGAAGCUAAAGCAAAAGAAAUUGGUAUCUCGACUGACUACCUCGGGCACUGGUGGAAGAACUUGAAGGACUGGUACGUCAGGCUGAUCAAGGUUGCCAGUGGCCAGGAGCGCAAGCUUCUCACCGACAGGGACAAGUGGGUGCUGAAUAAUAUUUCCUUCUACAAAGCUGCCAUACCUGAUGAAGAAUCUGACACUGUCAUGCAGAUCCGACGUACUGCUGCUGCUGGCUCUACUACUGGUUCUGCCGCUGGUUCUGCCUCCACGUCCACAGCAAGACCCCCUCUGCUAUCCUUGGAUGACCCAGCUGAGACGGAGAGACAGUCAGGCAAUGUGCUCGAAGACCUCGAGAGGGAGGCAGCAGAGCUCGGAUCAGUCAACUCUAGUUUCCAGCACAGGAAGAGGAGGAGGAAGGAGGACGAGGCGGAGAGCUGGAUGCCCGAACUUCGUAAAAAUCUUCAGACCAACCAAACACUCCUUGCAAAGCUGAUGGAAAAAAUGCUCGAGGACAAGGAGAGGGAGAAGAGCCAGCGUGAACCCUUCAUAAGCUAUGUCACCCAGACUCUCAGGUCUUGCAGUCUUCAAGACUUCAACAAUGUCAAAGAGCUCAUAUCGGAUAUACUGAAACAGAUAAAGGCUCAAUCUGAAAGACCCUCAGCUUCCACUUCGGCUCCUCCAACUUGCACAGCCGCCUCCUUUGGGCAGUAUCAUCAGUACCAUCAACAGUACCCUCAGCAUCAGCAGUACUUCCAGACACAGCCCAACUAUUAUGCCUGGCAGCAUGGUGUAGGGGGAGGAGGGGGAGGAUACCAACAGCAGCAGCAGUACCCUGGGCAGCAAGAGCUUCAACAACCCAACCUCAGUACUCCUCGUCAACACACAGCAUCUUCAGAAUCGAUGCCCAGAGCACAGAGCACUGCCCUAGGUGGGGAUUGGUCGUUCAACAUGGAGCAGAGCAACUUCGGCCGUGUUUCACAAGACAGUAUGAACACCCCACCAUUCUCGACAGUGUCACCAGCAACUCACCGACCUCCCAUUCUGGCAUCUGCAGCUUUGGGUGCACCACCAUCCUUGUCAACACCACCAGCCGUGGAACCAACAGCAGUUGAGAGUGACACUCAGUCUGUGGCUACUCAGGGAACUCGUGACAGUUACAGUGAGGAUGAGGAUGCAUGAAGGUUUCAUGUUACACUGACAGUUGUAUUUUGUUGUGUUGGGAUGUGGUGCAUGGUGCUACAGUGACAUUCCUUGAACUGAUGUAUUUUGUAUUUUGUUUUUGCCAUAGCAUGGAUUGCUAGCAGUGACUUUCUUUUAUUUCACUUGUUAUACACGUGAUACGUGAUAAUAAAAUUGUUGAACUGUUACUAAUUGUUUUUCGUGAAUAAAUUGAACUUUGUGAAAUGGUUUAAGAAAUGAAAUUAAAAUUUGUCGAGUUUACGGCGUGAUGAACGUCGGGGAAAAGUGCACUUAUUUGUAUAACGCACGCCGUAAACUCGACAAAUUUAAUUUCAUUUCUUGUAAUUACAACUCAACAAAUUUCAUUUGAUUUUAUCGAUUUAUAGCGAACAAAACUAGUAAAAUUACUCCGUAGAAAAGUAGUCCGUUUGCAAAACCUUGUUCAUCGCCCAAUGAACUUGGAUUGUAUGUUGCAUCUCAGUCAAUCAGAAAAUAGUAUUUGCACCAUGUGACUUAGAAGUUGUAAUUAUAAUAAAAUGAAAGUGGGAGAAUAUUGCAACAAAAAUGUAUUUCAAAUGUCAAAAAUAAAAGUUGAAUAAAUACUUUAUGUAACUUC